UGUUUUCCAGAAAGAAGCAAACCGCUGUCUCAGUAGAAUGAUGUUUUCUAAAGCCAAAUUGCAUCCUGUUCAAGGUAUAUGGACUGUUGUUAAGAUGAUCUACAAUUUGCUCCGCUACUAUUUUUUCCAUGACUUUGGAAACUGCUGGAAGUAUGCUUAUCGGUCUGUAGUUGCUGGUUAUUGCAGGAUUACCUGACUUAAAGACUGGUGUAAUGACAGAGCACUUCCAGGGUUCAGGGAAGGAACUUUCGUUUAUGGAUUUAUUUAUAAUAGUAGUUAAGGGUGCUAUGAAAGAUUCUUUGUGAUAUUUUAGAAAUGUUACAUCCAUACAAAAUGCAUCUUUGGCUUUAGAGCUUUUGAGGCCACACACAGCUUUAUCAACUUGUGACUGCGACACUACGCACAGAUUAAGAAAGGGUUUGUCGGCGUUCAGUGGCAUUGGUGGGUGGUAUUCUAUCUGGGGGCAGUUGCUUCGAGUCAGUUCUUUAACUGAGUCUAUAAAGUAAUCGUUCAAAGUUGUUGCAAUGUCCCUUGGAUCAUGGAUGACUUUCUCCUCUAGCUGUAGCUCCCUAAUUUCUCUGUGCACUAUACUAUUUCCCAUCAGUUUUUUAAUAUUUGUCCAGAUCUCUUUAGCAUUUCCUCUUGCAGUACUAAUUAUAUUAAUAAAAAAAUUUGCUUUUGCAAAUCGAAUUUCCUUUACCACUUUAUUUCUAAGAGAAGUAAAUGUCUGUCUAUCAUUCACCCUUUUCGUUUUAAGUGAUAUUUUAAGAGCAUGAUCUCGUUUUUUCAGUAAUGUCCGUAUGGUUUCAUUCAACCACGGGAGGUGAUUCUUUUUUGAUGGUUUUGCUUUAAUUUUUCUAGUAAAUGCAGACACUGUGUCUUGGAUAACAGUCAUGAAUACAUUACAAUUGUCACUAACAUGAUUAUGGGUGAGAUAAUUAUCCCAAUUGAUAUUGUUUAGCGCCUGUGUCAAAUUUGGAAUCUCCCUCCUCGGUACUCUCAUCUGCUCUGAUAUUGUUUUCUUAGUACAAGAAAAUCUAUUUUUAGAUAGCUUUCUUGAGAACAGAAUGAAGUUAUGGUCUGACAGACCUGUGAUCAUAUUGAACGUCUUUUGAAUUCUCUCACACUUAUUGGAAAAGACAAGAUCUAUGCAUGUUUCAGAGGAAGUAGUUAGUCUAGUAGGACCUUUGAUUAAUUGAGUAAAGUUAAAAUUAGUUAAUAGUGAUUUUAACUGUCUCCGAUUCGAUUUGUCAAGCCAGUUAAUAUUUAAAUCUCCAAGCAAGAUAACAUUUUUCGUAUCACAUUCCUUAAGUAGAGCCUGAAGCUCCGCAUAGAAAGCAUUAGAGGCUGAUGGAGUUCUAUACAUCCCAAUCAGCGUUAUCGACAUUUGUGGAGAGAGAGCUAUUUUAAGACCGAUACAUUCAAGGUUGUGUACACAGACCCAUUCUAUCUGUUUGCACUUUAAGUGUUCCCUUACAUAAAAUAUUACCCCUCCACCCCGAUUUCCAACCCGGUCUUUCCUAAAGAUAUUAUAGCCUGGUACAUGCAGUCCAGCCAUCAGUGAAUUUAUAUUUAGCCAGGUCUCAGACAAACAUAAAAAGUCCAGGUUCGAGUUACUUAAUAGAUGAUGAAUUUGGUCACACUUGGGCAGAAUGCUUCUAAUAUUUAAAUGUCCAUCAAGUAGACCUCUUGGUUUAUAUUGUGGGUCCCAGAUUACCUUGGCUUGGUUAAGGGUGCUGUAUAGAUUUGCAGAUCGUUGUUUUUUGAACACAGGGUUUCUGAGGCAUAACCCACUCCUGGACUCACACCACCGCUACACUGCUGAUGGAGUCUGAAUGAGCUGCUGGCAGUGGUGGAGGUCCCGCCGGCAGCGAUGUCAGCCCAGCCAGUGGUGGUGGAGGUCCAGCUAGCUGAGGUGGAGGCCCAGGCAGCAGAGGUGGAGGCUCAGACAGCAGAGGUGGAGGUCCAGGCGGCAGAGGUGGAGGCCCAGGCAGCAGAGGUGGAGAUCCAGCUAGCUGAGGUGGAGGUCCAGGCGGCAGAGGUGGAGGUCCAGCUAGCUGAGGUGGAGGCCCGGGCAGCAGAGGUGGAGGCCCAGGCAGCAGAGGUGGAGGCCCAGGCAGCAGAGGUGGAGGCCCAGGCAGCAAAGGUGGAGGCCCAGGCAGCAAAGGUGGAGGCCCAGGCAGUAGAGGUGGAGGCCCAGGCAGCAGGGGUGGAGGUCCAGCUAGCAGAGAUAGAAGCCCAGCUGGCAGUGGUGUUAGCCCAGCUAGCAAAGGUGGAGACCCAGCCAGCAGAGAUGUUAGCCCAGCCAGCAGAGGUGGUGGCCCAGCCAGCAGAGGUGUUAGCCCAGCUAGCUGAGGUGGAGGUCCAGGCAGCAGAGGUGGUGGAGGUCCAGCUAGCUGAGGUGGAGGCCCGGGCAGCAGAGGUGGAGGCCCAGGCGGCAGAGGUGGAGGUCCAGCUAGCUGAGGUGGAGGCCCAGGCAGCAGAGGUGGAGGCCCAGGCAGCAAAGGCGGAGGCCCAGGCAGUAGAGUUGGAGGCCCAGGCGGCAGAGGUGGAGGUCCAGCUAGCUGAGGUGGAAGCCCAGGCAGCAGAGGUGGAGGUCCAGCUAGCUGAUGUGGAGGCCCAGGCAGCAAAGGUGGAGGCCCAGGCAGCAAAGGCGGAGGCCCAGGCAGCAGAGGUGGAGGCCAAGCUGGCAGUAGUGUUAGCCCAUCUAGUAGAAGUGGAGGCCUAGCUGGCAGUGGUGUUAGCCCCACUAGCAGAGGUAGAGGCCCAGCUAGCACUGGAAGUGGUCCAGCUAGCCGUGGGGCUAAUCCAGUUAAAGAUUGAGGCCCAGGAUUUAGUUCAACAUCACCAGCCAAGAGAAGUAUCAGCAAAAGAUUAAAAACACCCAGGAGUGGUCUACCUGUGACAGCCUGUUCCUGUUCACCUGGGGGUGGCCUGGCAUGGCCAUAGUCCAGUACUCUUGUGAACAGCAUGUGCUGACUCCAUCUGGCUGGAUACAGGGUUUGACUGUCCCUUUUUCUUGGACAUGUUGAACUCAGCAGAAGAUAGAGAGUUAUCCACACAACAGAGGAAGACGUUGAUAGCACAAUCCAAGGUC